AUGGCCGAAGGCGGGGCAAGCAAAGGUGGUGGCGAAGAGCCCGGGAAGCUGCCAGAGCAGGCAGAGGAGGAAUCCCAGGUUUUGCACGGAACUGGCCACUGUAAGUGGUUCAACGUGCGCAUGGGAUUUGGAUUCAUCUCCAUGAUAAACCGAGAGGGAAGCCCCUUGGAUAUUCCAGUUGAUGUAUUUGUACACCAAAGCAAACUAUUCAUGGAAGGAUUUAGAAGUCUGAAAGAAGGUGAACCAGUGGAAUUCACAUUUAAAAAAUCUUCCAAAGGCCUUGAAUCAAUACGGGUAACAGGACCUGGUGGGAGCCCCUGCUUAGGAAGUGAAAGAAGACCCAAAGGGAAGACACUACAAAAAAGAAAACCAAAGGGAGACAGAUGCUACAACUGUGGUGGCCUUGAUCAUCAUGCUAAGGAAUGUAGUCUACCUCCUCAGCCAAAGAAGUGCCAUUACUGUCAGAGCAUCAUGCACAUGGUGGCAAACUGCCCACAUAAAACUGUUGCACAGCUGCCUGCCAGUUCUCAGGGAAGACAGGAAGCAGAAUCCCAGCCGUGCACUUCGACCUCCCCCCGAGAAGUGGGAGGCGGGCAUGGCUGCACAUCCCCACCAUUUCCUCAGGAGGCUAGGUCAGAUAUCUCGGAACGGUCAGGCAGGUCACCCCAAGAAGCUUCCUCUGCAAAGGCUUCUGCAGCGCCAGAAGAGCAAAACAAGAAGGGGCCUUCUGUUCAGAAAAGGAAAAAGACAUAA